CAUCAUUAUUAUAUAACACUAUCAUGUUAAUUAAAAAGGUUUUAAUCGGUGGUGGUACUGGUUUUAUAGGUCAAAAUUUAAACAAAUUACUAGCAUCGAAUGGGUACAAUGUAGUAAACGUAUCACGAAUGCCCGCCGCCAAUAACAUAUCUUGGACGACUUUGGAAAAAGCUGGCUUGCCAGAAUGUACAACCGCAGUAGUUAACUGUGCAGGACAACAGUUUAUGGAUUUUACAAAGAGUUGGACACCUGGAUUUAAACAAAAUGUUCAAAAUUCACGAAUUUACACAACAAAGUCAUUAGCGAAGGCUAUAAAUCAAACCAAUAAGAAACCAAAGGUUUUUGUUUUGGUGACCGGAGUAGGAGCUUAUGAACCAUCAGAGACAAUAAAAUAUGAUGAAAGCAGUCCCACAACUGGAACUGAUUUCUUUUCUAAACUCUUAGUGGAAUGGGAAAAGGCAGCCUAUGUUGAUCCACCUGUUAGAUUGGUUAUAAUCCGUUCUGGUGCAGUAAUUGGUCGUAAUGGUGGAAUGAUAAAGAAUAUGAUUGUACCGUUUUUCUUUGGCCUCGGAGGUAGACUGGGCUCAGGCAAGCAAUAUUUGCCCUGGAUCCAUAUAGAUGAUCUCACAGCACUUAUAAAGUAUUCUAUAGAAAAUGAACAAGUCAAAGGAAUUUUGAAUGGUGUUGCUCCACAAGUUGUUACUAAUGAAGAAUUUACUCAGUCUUUUGCGAAAGCAUUGAGCAGACCAGCAUUUCUGCCAGUUCCGGAAUUUGUGUUGAACUACAUGCUACACCCGGAGAGGGCCAUGAUUGUAACCAAGGGCCAGUAUGUAGUACCUAAGAGAGUGCUUGAAUAUGGAUUCAAAUAUAAAUACCCCAAUAUUGAUGACGCUUGCAAAGAAUGUGCGUAUCUGUUACCUAGAAACUAAACAGGAAUUAUUUUAAACCAUGGUUCAUAUAAAAUUAAUUUUCUUACAA